AUGGCAACGUUUGGUAAAGACCGUUAUCCUUAUCCUGUGGGUUACAAAGCCAUUCGAGGUUAUAAUGGGAGCACAUAUAAGAUGGAAAUUCAUGAAGGUGCAAAGGGGCCUUUGUUUUUGAUUAAUUCUGCUGAUGGACAUAUAUCUUCUGGGCAAACUCCAGAUAUUGCAUGGGAGCAAGUCCAGAAGACAAGUUGCCCACGCUUGAAGAUAUUGCACGUGAAGAGAUUUUCGAGCAAGAUAGAUGGUGUGGAGUUUUUCGGGUUUAAAAAUCCAUUUGUCCAAAGAUUGCUUCGGGAACUGGUGGCCAAUGUCAACCGAACAUCAGAAUCGAGUCUGUUAUCUUCAAGUUUUUGCAACAAGCCUGGUAAACUUGAAGAUGCUAAUCUAUAUGCAGAUGCACGUACAAAUCUCAAUUUAUUGUCAUACUUGGCUAAACCACAAAGUAGAAAGAAGAGAAGUAGGAGAUCAGGAAUUGCAAAUAAAAAGUUAGCAAGUACGGCAGGCCUUAAAAGACCACGAACUCAAGAUUUUUCAUCUAAUCUUGAGGCUUCAGAUUUGGAAGAAAAGAAUAAGAGAAAUGAAAAGGAGAAUUUUGUGUUUCCCUCUUCUUCAAAAGUAAAAAAUGAUCUUUGUAGACUUCCAGGAGGAUCUCCAUCAAGAAUUCAGUUGAAACCUAUACCUUCAGAAUCUAAAGGUGACUUUCAAUUGGAAUCAGUUCCCCUAUAUGAUCAGCUCAGGGAGGAGGUUGUCACUGAUCAAGAGGAUAUUGAGCUCAGGAGAAGCACUGUGGCAGCCAACAAUUUGUCAAAAGAGAAUGAUAGGUCACAAGAUACUGAGGAUAAAGGUUCCUGUUUACCAAUGGUAAUAGAAAGCACAGCUGGAGAUGCACCAGUUCCCAAAGAUUGCCCAGCCAUAGAUGAAGCCAAUGUUUAUGCACCUGAUACAUUAGACUUUCUGCAAGAUGAAAUGUCUGCCUCAAGUAUCGGGGAUAAAAGUAUUGGUCCUAUAAAAGAAGGAUUGACAGAUGCUUAUAUGAUCGUUAAUGAAGGAUUGGUGUCUGAAUUGCACCCAGAAGAAGAGACAGUUACAUCUGUUUCGAAUGUUAGUUUGAGUUAUUUUGAUUUAGCUGGUGAAGCAAUUACAAAGUCAAUGAUGACCCUUCUACUUCCCCAAGCAAUCCCUCUGUUGAAGAAGGCAUCAGCGAAGGAAAUGGCAACAAUCACCCCUUCAGAAAUGCCUUGCAGGGCAACUUUCAGUGAGGAAAAUAAUGAAACUACCAAUUUUGCAGAUAUUCCAUCUCUUGCCACUCUAACUGAGGGAGCACAUGUUGAAAAGGAGGAGAUGCAAAUUCAAAAUGUCAGUCCAGAUUCAGUUGUCCCAAGUUUUGAACAUUCCAAAUCUGUUGUCCUUGACAGUCAUGAUAAAGAUCUGGAUGGGUUUCAAACGAAUUACCAGGUGGCAAUGAUAUCUCAUGGUGAGGAUGUUGCUCUUGGUAAUGUUGAGAAAGACACAUGUCCAACCACUAUGCAUGAACAGCUUGCUGGCGCCAAUGCACAGAACUUGUCUGUUUUUACUCCUGAGACUAGUGGGAGCAAAACUCUCUUCUUUUAUGGCAACACACACAUGGUUUUGAACAGAAAGCUUCUGGAGGCUGAUAUAUCCAAGCCUCUACUCAGCAAGUCUGAAGGACUCCAAGAAGAGUCUAAAGAUUUGGACAGAAACUUAGUACAUAGUGAAUGUUACAUUGAAAAGGACCUCAAGAAUGUGCUAGAUCCUGCUGAAGGUGAUACUAGCCUGAGAAACAUGGGCAGUAGUGUGAGAUUUUCAAAGAAAGACAUCAAUGUUAAUGCAGAUCCUGCUGAAACUGGCUCCUCUAUUCAAGCCCUGCAUAAAGUGUAUACCAGAAAUAAAGUUUCCAGUCAAGAUCAUUUGGUAGUAAAGUAUAGUGGUCCAGAUCCUCCCUCUGAAAGCAGUAUGAUGUUCUUUUAUAUUGAUGAUAAUUGUGUAACUGAAACCUUUUCUGGCAUUAGAACUCUGCUUCUUUCAGAUGUUCAUCAUGUGAGAUCUAAUUAUGACAGAUUCAUCUGUUUGCAUUUUGAGGAAAGGCAAGCCCAUAGUGAGAACGAGAUGGUUGUGCAUGAAAACCUUGCAGCACCACGUCUAUCUCAAAAAUUGGGCAUAAGUCACUGCAGAGAAAAUGCAUCCAAGUCUGUGGGAGAUAUAGCUAGUUCAGGUUCGAAGUCUGUUAGGGACUUGGCUUUCAACAAUGAUAUAGAAGGCAUUGCUGAGCUUGUUGGGUGCUAUUUACACCCAAUGCCAAUUUGUUCGGUAUUGCUGAACAUUACAGAGAAUGAAAUCUACAUUUGUGCUUCGUGUGGCCUUUUGAUCAAUAAAAAGAGAACCCUGUUUGUUUACAAAAUAGUUGUUAAAGAACCAUGGGAAGGAAGCCCUUCUUUUCUUGGUCAUACAUCAGUAUUGUUGCCAUCUUCCCAAGAAAACUUUGACAGAGAAAUUUUAGAGGAAAAAUCAGGUUUGCAGUUCAGUCCAGAUGGCCAGCAUCUAAUUUUACUUGACAGCAUAAAAACUCCUAACUGCAGGCAAGGGAUAAUUGAUUGUUCGUGCUCUACUUGUAUGUCAGACUGCUUUCUGGGCAAUGCAGUGAAGAUUGUGCAAGUAAAACAUGGGCAUGUUUCUGUUGUGACAAAACUGAAAACAGUUGCAUGUGUCCGGUGUAUAUUGGUUUGCAAUCCUAGCCAUCUCAUUGCUGGUGGAGACAACGGAAGGCUGCAUCUAUGGGUCAUGAAUUCAACAUGGAGUGCCCAAACAGGAGAAUUUGUGAUUCCAGUUAAUCAUUCAUGCAUUGUGGAGUUGAAAAGAAUCCCAAGGUCUGCCCAUCUGGUUAUUGGUCAUAAUGGUUUUGGAGAAUUUAGUCUAUGGGAUAUUUCAAAACGAGUCUUGGUGUCAACAUUUUCCACUCAAUGCACUUCAGUUUAUCAGUUCUUUCCAGUCAGUUUAUUUAGCUGGCACCCUGCUUUCAGUCACUCUGCUAUUAAGGGAAAUGUUGAUGGAAUAAUGGUUGCCACAAAAAUGUGGUUUUCAGAGUUUCAUGAAAAUUCUGCCAUAAUGCCAACUGAUGGAGAAGAUAUUGCCAUUUGGCUUCUUGUCUGUACUCCCUCUGACCCUGAUGCCCAACAAAACUGUAUAUCAAGCCCCUGGCAAACAGAUCCUGCCAGGUGCUGGAGGCUAGCUUUGUUGGUGAAAGAUGUGGUGAUCUUUGGAAGUGCACUGGAUCCCAGUGCUAUUGUCGCUAGUGCAUCAUCUGGUCAUGGGAUCAUCGGCACGCAAGAUGGACUUGUCUACAUGUGGGAAUUGUCCACUGGAACAAGACUUGGCACUCUGCAUGAUUUCAAAGGGAGCAUUAUUUCGUGCAUUGCAACCGAUGAUGAUGAUUCGGAACCAGGUGUGUUGGGUAUUGGUGGCGAUGAUGGUAAGCUUCUGGUAUAUCGUCACUCCCGAAAGGUAAGCUGUAGACAGUAAGGAAACCAAGCAAGUUAAUUAGCUGCCACAAUAACUUUGGCUUUCUCGUAGAUUCCAGCCUGAUCGGGUGACCAAGUUUCUCAAGUAUGUUUGUUCAUCUGUGUCACAAAAUGUAAAGUUUCUCUUCCUUCUCGUUUUGUUUUCCUUUCUCACAUUGCUUUAAAUGCUUUAUAUAUCACAUAAUUCCAGUAAAUACAGAAUGAAACCGGAUCCAAACAGAAGACAAUUAAUAAAAGUAGACUCAGAUUCCAAUA